AUGACGAACCCAACGAAUUUGCCAUCUCGUUAUGAGAUCCGCAAGCUCGAUCUUGAGCACUCACAAUGGGCAGCAGCCAUCGUGUGUCAUAGCAACAUGUUUCACAGCACCGUCUUCCCCCACGUCUAUCCGGAGGGUAAGACUGCGCGUUUCAACAAUAUGUUAAAAGCCGCCGACUACCUUGUCGACCACCAGAUCAACUCCGGCCUAUCACUCGGUGUAUUUGACAAAGAAUACCAGUACAAAAGGACUGAAUCUGCCUCAACCAACGGCAAAUUCUACUGGGACCCCGAAAAUAAUGAUGUUUCGGGCGAGGAGCUUCUUGAAGCCAUGGACUUUCCCCUCGUCAGCGUCGCUCUUUCCUACGACGGCGCUGAUACUCUAGACUCAGCGCGAAUGGCACCGUUGGUCGCCAGCCUUCCCGUCUUUGCGUUAGUGUAUCAUCACCUUGACGUCCUGGAUCCGCGGCCCUUCGAGGACUGGAGGCCUGCCAAGCAACGCGGGGAGAUCCUCAUGCGCAAUGCCACGAGCACUAGGCGUGAAUAUGAGGGGAAGGGGCUCAUGGCCGCCCUUGCGAGAUACCUGAUGCGAGACGCCGCUGCGAAGGGGUACAAGGCAUCGAACAUCGAAUGUCUUAAUGAUGCAGUGACGCAUGUAUGGUCGGAGCCUCCCAGUCCCUUCAAAGGGGAGAUCAUUUCCAGUUUCCGGUCUGAGGAGUACGAGGAAGAUCAAGAUGGAAAGAAAAUUAACCCAUUUGCCCCGUCGAAGCAGCUGGUCACGAGGGUUUGGACGACGCUUUCGGGCUCAUAA